AUGCUGGACGACUGGAACUCGCAGCUGACGGAGGCGGGGGAGGCAGCGGGCCUGGGCGAGCUGGUCGGCGCGUCGGGGGCUGCGGCGGCACCCGCUGCCGACCUCUUUGGCCUGGACCACCGCGCCGAGUUCCUGGCCAGGGGCCGCGGCCACGCCGUGGCCUUCACCGUCUGCAACGACGCGCUGUUUGUGGCCACCAGCCGCAACUUUGUGCUGCGACACGACCUGGGGGGCGACACCGCAGCAGUGGCGGAACUGGAGGCCAGCAAGAGCCCCGAGGCGCGGGUGCGUCGCCUGUUUGUCGAUCCGCUGGGCCGCCAUGCGCUGCUGACGCUGCAGACGGGCGGCGGCGGCGCCGCCGCGCUGGAGACUUUCUACGUCGACGGCGGGCUGAGGAAAGCGCGGGCGCUGCCGAAGCUGAAGGGCCUGGCGGUGACCAGCGUGGCCUGGAGCCCCGCGCUGAGGGCGGCGGGGUUCAGGGUUGCCGUCGUGUCCCGCGGCACGCUGCUCGUGUGCGGUGGGGCUGUACUGGGCCACACCCGCGAGGCGCUGCUGGGCACCGAGGGAGGGGCCAUCUACGAGCUGGCGCUGGAGGAGGCGGCGCGGGGGGGCGGCAAGGAGCGGCUGCACCAGCUGCAGGAGCUGCGCGGAGAGGCGGGGCCCAUUGCGGGGCUGGCGCAGGUGGCACUCUCCCCCGAGCGGCGCCUGGUGCUGGCCCUCUGCGGUACCCGCCUGCACGCCUUCUCGGGAGGUCCCACCCUGGAGGCGGUGUUUGGGGCGGCGGCGGCGCCGGAGGGCGCGGCCGCGGCAGAUGCCCGCGGCGGGGGCCACAGCCGCAGCCCCAGCCAGCAGGGGUGGCAGCCGGCGGGGCACGCCGUGGUGGACCUGCCCACGCAGGGCGGCGCGGCGCAGCUGCAGCUGCUGUGCCCCGCCGCGCAGCCCGAGGCGGCGGCGGCGGCGGAGGGGGGCCCGCCCUUUGACAUGGCGCGGCCCGAGGCGUUUGCUGUGCUGGCGCCAGCUGGCAUAUACUACGGUACCCUGGACCUGGACCCCGCGCUGGCAGACCCGGGGGACCACCUCACCCGACACCACCUGCUGCCCGCCGCAGUGCUGCAGCAGGCGGGCGGCGGCGGCGGCGGCGGCGGCGACGAGCGGCCGCUGUCGCUGACGCGGCCCCGCUGCGCCGUGCUGGUACCGCAGGCCCUGACGCAGUACCACCUGGUCCUGCUGUACCCCAGCAAGCUGCAGUACGUCAACCGUACCUCCAAGCAGGUGGUGCAGGAGGUGCCCCUGCAGCGCUUUGCGGCGCCCGUGCGCGGCGCCGCCACCAUGCCGCUGGGCCUCUGCCGGGACCAGCUGGCGGGGCGCAUCUAUGUGCUGGCAGGCGACGACGCGCUGGAGGUGGAUGGCUCCGGCGAGGACCGAGACAUGUGGCGGGUGUGCCUGGACAAGGGCGAGUACCGCGCGGCGCUGCACUACGCGCGAUGCCGGGGCGACUGGGAGGGCCUGCUGGAGUACCUGCUGCAGCGGGGGGAGGCCGAGCGCGCGCUGGAGGUGCUGCGCCGCCCCUCCGUCUCCCCUGAGCUCCACUACAAGUUUGCGCCUGCGCUGGUGGCGGCUGCCCCGCAGCUGACGGUGCAGGCCUGGGUGGACGCGCAGCCGCCGCUGGAGCCCAGGCGCGCCUCUGCUUGCGUGCAGCUGGGCUGUGUGCGCCUGCUGCCCGCGCUGCUGCACUUUGGGGAGGGCGGCGGCGGCGGCGGCGCGGCGGCCGGGCGGGACGAGGCGCUCAAGUACGUGCGGUACUGCCUGUACCGCCUGGACAGCCAGGACCCGGCGGUGCACAACCUGGCGGUGGCGCUGCUGUCGCAGGAGGAGGCGCAGGAGCAGGAGCUGCUCGACUACCUGGCAGCCGCCCGCGGCCCCUCCGGCCGCCCGCUGUACGACCCGGUGUCGGCGCUGCGCCUGGCGCGGGACCGCCGCCGCCUGCGCGCCUGCGUGGCGCUGUACUGCGAGGUGGGGCUGUGUGUGUGUGUGGUGUCAUAG